AAGGCUUGUUGUUGGCUUUUAAUAAAUAGUCCAAAUUUAUUUGGGCUCCAAUGGAGGCCUGCCCUAAAACCAGAAAAACCAACAUUUCUCAACCGUCUUGUGUGUCCUUCACUUGCCGCUUUCGAGCUCCAACGUCAAAUCUAUGGCGGUGGCUGUAUCCCUCGUCUCCCCCAUUUUCUCCUUCGUUCCCAAAUUUUCACUAAAGCCACUUCUGUUUUCCCCUCUUUCCACUCCAUCUCCCUCAAAGACCACCAAGCGUAAAAACUAUUUGCGCCUUAAAAUCCUCAAAACCCUCACUAAACCUUUCCCUUCUUCCUCUCCUAUCAAUCCCAUAGCCCCCCUACAAUCCCCACCUGAAACUAAACCCCUCGACGUCGUCGUUUUCGAGCCUCCCUCUGAUGAAAUGCCAAACCAAGUUUUAGAAGAAACCAGUAAAGUUGAAGAAUUUCGGGCUUCUGAGACAUGGGAUGUUGCUGGAGAGAUCAGUGGCAGUUUUGGUAAAUUUUCCGCUUAUUCCGCCUUAAAAUUCGGGUUUUAUUUUGUUGGGAUUUUUGUCUUUCAGACAUUAAUUGCUGUUUGGGUGAUGGGAAAUGGUAACUCUCAGGAUAAAGAUGGGAACUUGGAUGAUUUUCAGAGGAAUAAUGAAAGUAAAAAUGGAAAAUUUUUAACUUACGAAAAAGUUGGAUCAGUUUCAAGAAAUGUGCUUUAUUGUGAUGAAUCUGAAUUGGAAGAAAAAGUUGAAGAAAUUAGAGCGAUGGCUAGGGAAGCACGAAAUAAAGAGAAAAAAGAAAUGAAGAACAGUGAUGAGGAAGGUGAUGUAAUUGAUGAAAGUUUGACUUCCAAGGCAAGAAUUGGGAUUGAAAAGGAGAUUGGUGCUAGAUUGAAUAGGUUGGAGAAGAAAUUGAAUUCGAAAAGAGAGAACUUUCCAGGGUCGUAUAUGAGUUUUUUGGACAAGUUAAAGGAUUCUGAGGAUGCACAAGAGAUGAAUAAAGCAUUGUCUACACGAGAGUUGAAUAAAGCAUUGUUCAUAAAGAAGAAAUUCAAAUUCAGAGCACCUGAAAAGAAUUCAAGAAGUGAUGUGAAGGGUUUUGGCAGUUUAAAGAAUGGUAAAGCAUCAAGCAAUAAGAAUGCUAUAGCUACUAAUGGUUCAGAGGCUAAGGAAGUGGUUGAUGGAAAGAGAGUGCCUAGUCGAAACUCGGAUUCCUUGCCAAGUAACAGAGAGAAAACUGAGAAGAUAGAGGAGUUUGGAGCUUUGCGCAAUAAUACAAGUGCUGGUUCAGAGAGCAGUCAAGAAAUGUUGUCUACUGAAGUUAUGAAAUCAAGAAAGUCGAGAGAUUUGGAUACCCAGAAUUCGCAGGUCUUUACAAAAGAGAACCAAGAAGCUAGAACCAAAUCUGAUAAGCAUGCUUUCUUGCAUACUUCAAAAAGCAGAGAUGUUUGCAACAAGCCACCAGCCAACAAAGUUAAGGAUAAUCAGCCAGGCAUCAAAACUGAUCCAUGGUGGCUGAAUCUUCCUUAUGUUCUGGCUAUUCUCAUGCAAAGAGGUAUUGAUCCUGAUGGACCAGGAGGGCUUUUUACCUUGCGAAUCUCCUCUGCGGGCCAGGAACAGAGGGAAACUUCUUGCACUGUUGCAUUUCAGGACCACAUUGAUGCCAACAACUUCUGUUAUCUUCUUGAAAGUUAUUUUGAAGAUCUAGGUGAUUUCAGUGCUGAAGUUGUUCCUAUGUCAGUAAAAGAACUUUGUGAAGCUAUAAAAUUGCAUGCGGUGAAGGUAAUUGUUGUCAAGAAGGGGCAGCUUAAGCUUUAUGCAGGUCAACCAUUUGCUGAGGUUGAGAUGGCUCUGCACUCUUUGAUUGAAGAUAACCAAAGUGCCUCUAUUACAAACUCAGAAUAGGCCAUGGCAUUGGUUACAGAGACGGUAAAAAUUGAAGAGGAUACAUGCCUACGGGAGGUGAGACUGGAGUUGAUCAACUGUGAUCUCUCUUCUUGUUCUCUUCAAGCUAUAUACAUAUUUCUUCAUGGGAAGCUACGGAUGAGAACAAUUGAGUUACCCCCACGAACAUCAAUCUCUCCUACCCAGCAUAUGGCAGUGGCUGUGAGAUACUGCCACUGAAGUUUUGUGACCAUUGUAUUUAAUUUUCUGGAGUUGCAUAACAACAGUGAUUCCGUAAGAGUAUUCGGAAAAAGAAAAAAUCUUGGAAAACAAUUUAUUCAAUUACUUGAUUAAUUUAUCUUCAAGAAUUUCAGAUUUUAUGCUCUGAUAUACUUGUGGGGAUGUCUGAAGUUUCUUUCUGUAAUUCAUGGUUGCUGGCAUAUAUUGGGUCAAACUGGAUUUAUUU